UCCACCGCCUACGUUCAAGUCGGAUUGAACAUUGACUGUCGUCGGACAGGCCUCGUCGGCGGAGCGAAAGUUUCGCGUGCACGCGUCUCGUCGUUGCGAGUAAAAUGACGUUUAUCGGUCCACGCGGCUAUUCCGUUGAUCGUCCGUGGCCCAGGCACGUCCACGUUUGACGUGUUAUGUGAACCUCCUGCACCUGGAAAACGGCUGUUCGUGCUAGUAGCAUGAGUAUUUCUCAGGAAAGCGCAGCCACGAUCGUGUGCAAGGAGAUCUUCGACGGAGUCUCGCAUCCGUCAGACGAAGAGGUACUCGAAUAUGCGAGGCGGUUGGGAAUCGACCCGGAUACAGAACCACACCUCCUGAGUUUGGCUCGGGAGGGCCUGAUGGCGGCCCUCCCCAAGGGCUGGCUACCAUGCUUCCACGAAACGAGCGGCGCUUGGUACUAUUAUCAAGCUUCCACCGGAACAACCACAUGGCAACAUCCCCUGGACGCCGUGUACAAGGAGAUGGUCGAGCAGGCCAGAGCUGCGAGCAACGCCAAGCCUGUUAACGCCAGGCAGAUCAGCGUCGAAGAGGACUCGAAGACAACGGCCAAGGAGCUCGAGUCCAACGAGGAAGCAACUCUGCCCAAGGAAACGUCUUCGUCGUUGGCCAAGGAAUCCGGCAAGCAAUCCGCCAAGAGCAAUCCGCCGCCUACCAGAAUCCCGACGAAGCUGGCGCCGUUGAAGAAAUUGGACAAGAUCGACGGUACGAGGAAGAAGGAUGGGGGGAGCCAGGAGAAGCAACAAACGAAACGGGAGGACAAUCCGUUGGCGACUAACAGGGCAGGCAGGGAUUACACGAAUCUCAAAUUCCAAGAUCCGAGAUUCUACGAGUGUCCCAAGCUGCUGGAGACGAUCGCAUCGACCACCACGACCACCAACACGACCACGUCCAGCAGCCCGAAGCAGGAGAUAGACCUGAAAGAGGUGCUCAAGAGAUCGGAAUCCCUGAGCCCGAGGCACGAGAAAGAUUGGGAGCAAUUGUCGAGCAGGUUCAGCUCCGAGGAGAAUAUCAUAGACAUCGACAAACUAAGCAUCAACACGUUGGCCAGGUCGGAGAAGUCGGACAAGUUCGACAAGGAGAAGCAUCCGAGCCAAUUCGGCCAACAGAAGGAAUUGACACUGAGCGGUGGGGGGACUAUAUUCCUGAAGAGCAACAGGAGCAGAGACACCACCCCCAUCCACGAGACCGGCAAACUCGACGAGUUCCGCGCCUUGUCGAUCCCGGACGAGACCAACAAGGACAGCGGGGACAAGUUGAAGUCGAUUCUAAGGGAAAAACAAUCCGAAGACGACGACAGACCGGUGGACGAGGAAAGGAAAAGCGUACGUUUCGACAUAGAGAAGGAGGUGGACAUCAAGUACACUUACUCCAGGUCUGAGUACGAGUCGGAAUCCGAAUCAGACGAGCAAGAGGUGCUGGCCAUGCUCUCGAAUCGAGACACCGAGUGGAGCCCCUCGGCGCAGAAAACCAGCCAAAGAUUCCAAGCGGAGGAGAGCAAGGAGGAUCCCGAGGACAGGAUCGAUGGAUGCGUCAGGAAGAGUUUAUCGUCGGAGAAGAAGGACGAAGCGUCGAGGGCGCAAAAUGGGAAGAUCGUGGGCAAGAGGUUCGUAGUCAGAAACGUGCCCGAGAACGAGCUUCGCAAAAAGUUGGCUCCUCAGAACGCUUGUGAGAAGGAGCACCGUGUGCAAAUGACCAGAGACAGUUUGUCAGGAGAGAGUUUGUCGAGGGAGAGCAGUUUGGACUACACGUUCACCAAUAAAUUCAACAAAAUCAAAAACAUCGAUCUGGUUUCGAAGAGCGAGACCGAUUACAGCGACUCUGAACCACGGCGGAAGGGUAAAUUGAAAGUGGAGUUGCCGCGCAACGAGCAGACCGACGACGACGAGACUUCCGAUUUCUCCAAGGUUAAUCAAGAGACUCAGAAUAUCUCGCGGAAGGAAGCCAACGAGGAAGCGACGAGACAAGAUCAGUGCAAGAAGCUGGAGGAGGCGAAAGCGAAAUUGAGCCAAGAGCACGAGAACGACAUCGAGGCGUUGAGGAAAGAGUACAAGGACAAGUUGGAACAAAUGAAGAAAGAAUUGGAGGAGAAUUUUGCGGAGCAGAAGAAGCAAAUAGAGAAGAAUCUGAGCGACAAGCUGGAGGAUAUGAGGCGAAAGAUGGUCGAGAAGGAGGAACGAGAAAUUCAAAAAUUAAUCGCCGAAAUGGACGAGGCCAAGCUGGAGAAUCUGAGAAAGGUAAAGGCCGAAUUGGAGGUUUGCUACGAGAAGGAGAGGCAGGAGAUCUUGGCGAAUUUGAAGACCGAACUCGACGAGAGGAAGGGAGAAUUGUUGGAGCUACGGAAUCAGGAGAUGGGGAAAUUGGAGAACGAGCACGAACGCGACUUGGACGAGGAGAAGCUCGCCAAACUUAGCGAGAUCAAAUUGAGCAAGCAACACCAGGCGAGGAUCAAAACAAUGAAGAAGGAAUUGGAUAAAGAGUUUGACGAGUUGCGCAAACAAUUGCGGGCACAGCAGAGGGAAAAUAUCACGAAAAUUACGGAGGAACACGAGAGUCGUCUUGUCGAAAUACUUCGCGAUUUUAGAGUGAAUGAGGAUCGCACGCGCAAGAUGUACAAGCAGUGUUUGGAAGAGAUUCGCGCGGAUUUCUCGCGCGACGCGGAGAAAGAGGCUAAGAAACAGACAGGUCGCGCUAUUCACCAGGAGAGCAUCGAGUUCGAGAAGAUGAGGUGCGAGAAGCGAUUGCUCCAAGAUAAGUACAUGGCGUUGAAGGAGAAGUACAUGAAAUUGAAGAAGGAGGUACGCUCGGCCAUCGAGAGGAGGAGUAGGAGAAAGGAGGGAUACACGACCGCCUCGGAGACGGAGAGGUCGACGUCGACGAGGACGAGGACGGACAGGACCGAGUCGUCGGAUCAAAAUAUCCCAUUACGAAACACGCACUCGAGCUCGGCGACGACGAACACUAAACCGCCCGAGACUCAGACGACGACGAACGAGCAGUCGGAAGAAUUGCACGAACCGAACGAACAGAACGUUCAGAAGGCGAACUCGGGGUUUCAGAAGAGCGCAGCUACGUCCAACGCGAAAAACGUGAGAUUCCAUUCCGACGAAACGAGCAUCGCCAGCGAGACGAACGCGAACGUAACAACCGGCAAGAAGAACCUCGCCAAGAAACCGACAAUCCAACCCAAACCGAGUCCAACCACUGGCAAUAAUAUUAACAACAAUAACAACAAUCUUGAAAAUCCAGUCGAAAAUAUAAGAAAACAGUUGGAGAAGCUCGAGGAUCUCGGUGAUCAAUUGCCAAGCAACGAAACGGCCUACACAUUGCGAUAUCCUUUCCAAGACAAAGCACCGGCGAACGCCUCUUCGGAGCUGGAGUUCUUCCGGCACCGAAUUCACGUCGAAAGGGAUUCAGUGAAGAGGGCACGGGAGGCGCUUCGACAUCAGGAGAACGUGUUCCAAGGGAGGCAGAGGGCUUGGAAGCAGCGUAGCGUCAAAGCGACCCUCGAACAAUUGCUACAGGAAGAACGCGAACUUUCCGACAUGGAGGUGAAUUUGCAUCGAACCAAGAGCCUUCUGGGCGAGAAAGUGAUCCAUCUUAGGCAUUUGGAGCAAUCUUUGGAGAGGGUGGUUAACGCGAAGACAAACGAGAACGACGCGAACGCGACGAAAAACGAGGAAUUGACGUUGAGCGAUAUGUCGAGCGUGAGCAGCGGUAUCAGUUCAACCGAUCUGGGGACCGACACUUUCGUAGACAAACCGGAUCACUACCAGGAGUCGACGGAAAUCAUCGCAAGUCUGGAAAACCUAAACUCGGAAAUACGUGAGAUAUGGGGCGUGCUGAAUAAACGUCAGGACACCAACAUACCACCGCCCCCAACUUUGAUGUAUUCGUAUUUGCGAUGGCUGCGUUUCCAUCAUCUUGCCGCCGAAUCGAAUAAUAUACAAGGAACAUUCGGUACUCCAAACAUUCAGUCGAACAUCCUGUCUCAGUUGACGGUGACUCAACCACCGACACCCACCACGCAAAACAUUAUCGCCCAAUACGGUCCCAAUAGCGGUUUCACCACAAGCGUGUGCACAGUUGAGAAGCAUUCCUCGAAUCUGAUGGAGAGAACGUGGAAUCUAAGGGAUUGGCUGAGACAAGCUUGCGUCGAGGGCACGGACAGUCCAGGUCGAACGACUCUAUAAAAAGCAGCCCGCAAUCCAUCGAAAAAUUUGGUUCCAAACGACAAUCGUUGGGAGAUUCAAGUACCCGUUUCGUCGACGUAGACUCCAUGUAUCUACACGUGUUUCUAAACCAAUUCAAGAAGACGUGUUUUCGUUAGU